CAUUGAGAGGGAUUUAGCUGACUAUCCAACAUGAGCAGGGUGGGAGGCAUAUCCCCCUUGUGAGCUGGCUGUGGCUUCAGCCCAGGACUUUUUGUCUAACCUGGUACAUAAACUUUCUCCUCUUCAUAAUAAUGGCUGGAGUGUAACUAACACCUGUGGACAGCUGUGCUUCAGCAGAUGGAUGCAAUCUAUUUGUGGCCCAGGUGUCUGUGAGCGGUCGGGCGAGAUUGCGAGCGCAGACGUCGGGAGCCUCUGACCUGACCUGACCCGACCCGACCCGACCUGACCUGAGCGCUGCCCAGUGAGGGCACCGGGACGGCAGGAUGCCCAUCCCUCCUCCACCCCCUCCCCCACCGGGACCCCCUCCACCCCCCACCUUCAACCAGGCAAACACGACACCCCCCAAACUCAACAGAGACGAAGCCAAAGGCCGAGGGGCGCUAUUAAGUGACAUCCACAAAGGGGCCAGACUCAAGAAGGUGCAGGUCAAUGACAGGAGUGCCCCCAUCAUCGAGAGUAAAUCUGGAGGAGGUGGAGGUGGAUCCUCAGGAGGCGGAGGCGGAGGUGGAGGUGGCGGAGGUGGCUUUGGCGGAGGACCGAUGCCCAUGGGAGGCCUGUUUGCCGGAGGAAUGCCCAAGCUUCGGCCAGCUGGAGAUGGUACUGUGGGCAGAUCAGCGCUCCGGCCCCCGGGCUCACGGCCCUCUGCUCCCCGUCCACCCGGCCGAGCCGCGUCCCCCGCCGGUCGCCACAGCGACAACGACCGCUCCUCGCCCCCGCCCCAGCCCCGCUCCCAGCGCCCCUCCCUGCCCGACAUCUCGCGGCCCUCGUCGCACGCGGGAGGGAUGAAGCACAGCGCCUCCGGCCCUCCUCCGCCGCCGCCCAUCGGUCGCCGCGGCAACCAAGCACCCAAUCCCGCGCCCGGCCCCAAGCCUCCCAGUAGCUCCUCCCACAGCCGGGACAAGCCCCUCCCGCCGCCGCCGCACCACUCCUCGGGCCACUCCCGGAACCCUCCCCUCUCACGCUCGUCUUCCAACUCGUCUUCCAACUCCACCCCUCCGCCGCCCCCGCCGCCUUACCGGAACCCCUCCAACGGCGACCCGGCCCCCGAGCUCCCGCAGCGGAGGAACUCGCUGCACCUCCGCAACCACGGCGGCCACGGCCGGACCCAGGCGCCGCCACCCCCGCCGCCCUCGAACCAGGGGGGACGCCCGCCGCCGCCCGCUCGGGAUCCACCCGGACGGAGAGCAGCUCCUCAGCUUCCACCAUCCAACAACAACCGAAACGGCAACCGUGACGCACCCCCUCCGCCGCCCCCUUACCGAGGGCACAGCAACAGCAGCUCCGAGACCCCCUCCCGGGCCAAGGCUGCUCCGCCCCUCUCCUCUCGGACCCCAGCACAAGCCCCGCCCCUCUCCUCUCGGACUCCGGGCCAGGCCCCCCCGCCGCCCCCACCCUUCCGAAACGGCAACUCCCACUCCACGGGCCACUCCAGGAGCAGCAGCGCUGCAGAUGACUUUGAAUCCAAGUUCAAUUUCCAUUCCAUUGAUGACCUCCCGCCUCCCGAGGAGUUUGUGCACUUUCCCAAGGUGUAUCCAAGCAAAGCAGGCAAAGGUAUGAUCAGGGGGGCCCCCCCAGCACCUCCAAUUAUGAGGUGAACAACGUCACGACUCUGGACGAGGAUUCUAGGAGAUAAACCAAUGCACCGCUCCCUCAGUCCUUAAAGGAGGAGUAAUCGUUCUCUUGAGUCAAUCCGACUCUCUCUCUCUCUCUCUUUCUCUCCUUCUUUCUCUCUCUCUCUCUGUCUCAUCCACUUCCUACCUCCCGUCACUGUUCUUUACUCUCACUAUGCAGACUGUUUAACUCGAGAAACCCUCUUGACCACCAGCUAGAGACAAGACAAUCAUUUUCUGACCCUGUUUUUGACUCGGCUUUGGACAAAAACAACAACUGUGCUCUUGAACUGCACCAACUGCACACUAUAGAUCACUUGAAGAUAAAAAAACAAACAAACAAACACAGACUUCACUCUGCUUAGGCCAACAGUGUUGGCCUCCUCUAACAUGGAAAUCAUACUUGGCCACAGCGUAGCUGUAGUAGACAGGUCCAUCAGCUUGUCAACUGCUUGGCCAUGAAAACGUAGCUAUUUAUGAUUUUGAAGCACUUAUCAGCUAGAUCGUCACGUGCUUCCCAAGAAAGAAAAGGGCUGAUGAUCUUAGGGAACUUGGAGAUGGAAAAUGUGGAACCUAAUCCUAAUCUGAUUAUUUUUUUUUUUUGUUUUGUUUUGCUUUGUUUUCUGUUUUUCGUUGCAUUGUUUUACCGGACCGUCAUCUUCACAACGGUUCUCACUGUGGGACAAUCAUUCCUUUUUACAAAACAAAGAUCACAAGUUGCCUUUCGAGUUCUUUGUCAAUAUUUGAUGAUGAUGAUGACGACGACGACGAAGACGAUGUCACUUCCUCUUCCCCUGUCAUUGUUGACACACAUGACACUAGGACACCACGGUUAGACCUUUUGACACAGCAGCGCUGUGGGUCCUGUCGUUUACCUCACACCCCCCCUCCACUGCACAGAUAUAGGGUCAUAUAGUGGGGCGGUGGCACGCAUGCCAAAAACUCGUUCCGCUGGUGGACAUUUGUUGCUCGUUGUAUAAAGGAGGGAUUCAGUUUGUGUCUGUUGAGUGGUUGGGUUGUAAGCUCAGGCUUGGUUCCUUGAGUUGUUUGUCAAGAAAUAUUUGCACAAUGUUAAAAUGUGUACAAACUAGAAAUGACACACUUUUUUUUUUUGACUGCAUUUAGUUGACUUUAUAUUCAUGAUCCACUUGAGUAGGUAAACACUAUAAUAUUCAUUACCACUUCGGUGGAAUAAACUGACAAUGAAUAACUGACAUUGAAAUCUAAGAUUAAACAUACUGUAGGCUACUCCUAGUGUCAGAGUUCAGGCUGGUAUGCUCAAAUCUAUAAUAUAGUGUCAAUAUUUGGAUUUCUACUAUGACACAAUUGCUAAACCUUGAAUGGCUAAUCUAUACAUUGAUGCUAACAUGGCGUGAUAGAGAUGCGUAACACUAAGCAGUGUCCAAUUUAAAUUCCUUUUUUCUGUAAUUAUUCUAAGCAUUUCUGUCACAGAGUUGGUCCUUCCAGGGGUGAACUGAUAUUGUUUACGAAUAUGUGGCUGAACACACUAUAGGGACAAAGCUGUAUGUUCUCCUUGAUUAGCCUUAACACUAUAUUGACUAUUAUUGCUGCUUUCUAUGGCAUUGACAUUCCCAAGAUGCGGUGAAUGAAUUCACAUUCCAAGGCCCAACUUGCCAAGCAGAUUGCCCUAAUUUAAUGUGAAUUAGCAAGGGAUGUGGAUGGCAGUCCAUGCUUUUUGUACAGCCUUCACCCACUAGGGGGCGAUGAUGCCCUUAGCUCCCAGUCACUCCUUGCAUGAAAAAUGUGACUGUAAAAUCAGCACGUGACUACUCUCUGAUUGUUAUAGACACAACAAGCACAGCUUUAGAUUCCAAAAAACAUUCCUCUUUCAUGUACAUCUGUGGGUAGCCAUGUUAAGAAUUGUACUAUUAUUCAGGCUUUUCAGACACCCCUUUUUGAUUUAUGACAUUUGUGUUAAAUUAUGGUUAAUAAGGGGCAUUGUGUUCUCCCUUUGAUAUGAGGGAAAUAAGGGAUGAUUUAUUAGCUUGCAAACAGUGUUGUUGUUUUUUUUAUUUUAUUUCUUUUCCUUUGCCAAUGAAACCAUUUACCAAUUUGCCAGGUGAUUGUUGACCAAUUGUAACCUUCAAGCAUGACAGCCGGCCAGAUCUUAACUGGUGUUGUCCCAGUCUCCAGUCUCCAUGAAAUAUUUGCCAUUGUAAACCCACCUUUGUGUUGUACAUGCCAUUCCAAUGAUAUACUCAGAGACCCAUAGGACCUGUUCAGUGUGUUGGUCUAUGAGGUCACAGCAGCCCUUGUAGGCUUAUUGAUGCCUUAAAUUUGUCUGAAGUUAUAUCGGUACAUGUAUGUUUUGCUACAUAUAUUCAGCAACAUUAAUAGUAGUAGUAAUAAUAAUUAAAAAUUGUGACAGCAGGAAAAUAAAAGUUCAAGAAAAAAAACAGUAAUAUGUACAAUGUAUGCAAAAUGCUUAUCUUAGCCAAUAUUUGUUUUUAAUAAUGUAAAGUCGUGUAAUAUAGCCUAGCUCUUGAGAAUACUGAAAGAGAUCACAGGAGUUUGAGGUAAUGUGAGAAACCGUUGUCACUCGUGAAGUGACGUUGAUGCAAACAUAUCAGCGCUGAAUGUCUUGUGAGAUCAGAGGGCCAGAGUUCUUCCUUUCCUCUGAAAUGUUCACCUGCUUUUGUUUGGUGUUUGUCAGCCAUGCUUAUCCUAGCUUUACACUCAUAAUAUCUAUCAAUGUUUUAUCAUUCAAAAUAAAAUACAUGAUUUUGGGGGGAAA